UCAUGCCCCUCUCUGUGCUGGAUGCGCUGCCUAGAAGGGCAACUGCCGUCUCUAUCACCCAGACGCAGCGCCGGGAGCGCCCCGCCGCGCUCCGCCCAGCUCCUCCCGCCUCACGACGGCGCGCGGCAGCGGGGCCGCUUCCUCGGGGACGGCGGCGGCCGCCGAGCGCGGCGGGGCCGGGCGGGGAGGGCGGGUCCUCCAGGCGGCCAGAGAGCGCGCCGCCGGAAGCAGCGGGGCGUGGCCGGAAGUCGCGGGGCGGGGCUGGGUAUAUAAGGGACGCGCAGGCGCCGCCGCCUUCUCUUUCGCGCUCGGCGAGGUGCCCCCGGCCCGGAGCCGCCAUGGGCCGCCGCCCGGCGCGAUGUUACAGAUACUGCAAGAACAAGCCGUACCCCAAGUCGCGCUUCUGCCGGGGGGUUCCUGACCCCAAAAUCCGCAUCUUCGACCUGGGCCGGAAGAAGGCGAAGGUGGACGAGUUCCCGCUGUGCGGCCACAUGGUGUCGGACGAGUACGAGCAGCUCAGCUCCGAGGCGCUGGAGGCCGCCCGUAUCUGCGCCAACAAGUACAUGGUGAAGAGCUGCGGCAAGGACGGCUUCCACAUCCGCGUGCGCCUCCACCCCUUCCACGUCAUCCGUAUCAACAAGAUGCUCUCGUGCGCCGGCGCCGACAGGCUGCAGACGGGCAUGCGGGGCGCCUUCGGGAAGCCGCAGGGCACCGUGGCCCGGGUCCACAUCGGCCAGGUCAUCAUGUCCAUCCGCACCAAGGCCCAGAACAAGGAGCACGUGGUGGAGGCCCUGCGGCGCGCCAAGUUCAAGUUCCCGGGGCGCCAGAAGAUCCACAUCUCCAAGAAGUGGGGCUUCACCAAGUUCAACGCGGACGCCUUCGAGGACAUGGUGGCCCAGCGGCGCCUCAUCCCCGACGGCUGCGGGGUCAAGUACGUCCCCAGCCGCGGCCCCCUCGACCGCUGGCGGGCCCUGCACGCCGCCUGACCCCCCCACCGCGGCUGCGGCCCCCCCCGAAACACCGCCCCAGGGUCCCCCCACAGCCUGGGCACCCCCCGGGGUCUUGGGGUGCCCCCAAGCAGCCAACCUCCCCCCAGGGGAUCCCCCGCAGCCUUGGGGACCCCCCCAGGGUUUGGGGGGGGGGCUGCCCUUGGGGGGGGGGGCCUGAAUCGGGAGGAAUAAAGGCCUUCAGCCCUGCCCCCA